CCCUGAUAAGCUUUUGCAACACUGCUAAAAUGGUUCACCUCACCUCUAAUCAAAUAAAAUAACAAUAAAUGUAAGUUGAAUUCAACUUCUUGGAAUCCGGCGUAAAACAGAGAUCCUGCGCAAUGGAGUUCAGCGCGGAUCUCAAUGGGUUUGACCAGGACUCCAUUGAGCCCUGCAGGACCUGCGGGAUUUACUUCACGAUGGGUUUGGAUAUGGAUGAGGCGAUUGUAAAACCAAUAUUUGGUUUGAAUGACGCCGCCGUCGGAGGAAUGGCGGAGAUAAUCGAGCAGCUGAGCGCCUGGAACAUUCAGGUAAUGCGGGAGGAUGGACGACCGCAGUACAUGUGCAUCUCCUGCAUUGCCGAAUUCCACCGGCUGAUUAAGUUCAGGCAAAGCUGCAUGGAAACGCAGGAGCAGUUUUGCGAUUUGGAGUACCAGCGAGAGCACGGCAAAGGCAUUGUGAUCAAGCGGGAAAUCGAGUCGGAGGAGGAGAAGUUCUGUGGCUUCAUAUACCUGGACACGGACGAGGAGGAGAUCAGCGACGAGGAUGGCAGUCGUCGUGUGUGCGCCGCCUUCGAUAUACCACACGUGCCCAUCAAGGAGGAGCACAUGGCCCGGGUGCCAGUGCAGGGUAGUCCCAGUAAUGACCAGUUCCAGCCCCCAGAGUCCAAAGAACUUGGGUCGUUUGACAUGAUCGACAACGAUGUGCUGACUGCCAAUAUGUUUGCACCAUCCAGUGAGGAUGCAUCCGGCACGGCCGACGAUGGCGACACCGCCGAAGAGGAGGAUGAGGAGGAGGUUUUGCGAUUUACAUACGACGAUGAAGGCGAAGACAUGGCCCCAUUGCCGCCACCCAUUCUUUCCCCCGUUGUCUCUUGCAAGCUUUGCCUCCACGAAUCGCCCACGCAGGAUGCCCACCUGGACCACAUGUACCGCACCCAUCUUCUCAAGGACUGGGAGUGCCAUAUCUGCGGCAAAAAGUUCACCAAUGCCCCGGAUUCCCGCAUCAAGUUUCAUAUAAAGUAUCACAAACUGCAGCGGCACAUAAAGUGUCCUGUUUGUGGUUUUAUUUGCAACUCAAAGGCAACCCUGAAGGAGCACAAGCAGGCAGUGCACUCGCGCACCAAGUGCACAUAUUGUGGCAAGACUAUUAAAAAUAAUAUGCUACAAGGACAUUUAAAAAAACAUUUACUGGAGGGCGAGGCGGAGCUGGCCCAGAAACUUAAAUUACUAGAGCAACUACCUGUGGAUAAUAAAACACCUGAGGCUUUUCCUCCUCCACUGGCCUCUUCCUCGCUUGUAUUCUUCUCCGAAACAGUACAGACUAUCGUCGGCAAAGACACAGAGUCCUCUUAUGUUACAGAGGCUUCCACUGUUUUUACGGAUUCUGAUGUUCCUAAGGACUCUGUUGUUCCCAAGGACUCUGAUAUUCCUGAACACUCUACUUUUCCCAAAGGCAAUACUUCUUCUGUUCCAGAGGAACCUGUUCUUCCAAUGGUCUCUGCCACUCUUUAUCCAAUGGACGCAAAUCCACCAAUAGAUUUGCCUGCUUCCGUGGCUUCUCCUCCAUCCUUGCCAUCGCCUUGUGUCAUUCAGUGUGCAUUCUGCAGCGACAUUUUUGAGGCGGCCCAGCAACUGCAAGUUCAUGUGCUGGCCAACCACAAGACGAGUAGAAAAAGACUGCGGUCUCCAGAAGAUCCCUCGUCAAGGAGGAUGUCCAGUCCGGAAUUUCAGCCCUCACCCAUUCCCAUGGAAACAGAGCAGCCAUCACACGAUGUGCAUGAAGAGAGCAACGUCGACGUAGAAGCCAGCACCCUCCAAAUAAACGGCAUCGACCAGCAGGAGAGCAGAACUGAAGUGAGCCUCAAUGAUAGCUUCAAGAGCUCCACUGCCGAGCAGGUGCCAGAAAAAUCCUACAUAGCCUGUCACAUCUGUGGCAGGACCUUCGACUUAAAAAUUAAGCUUAAUCGACAUCUCAAACAGCACUAUACACACACACUUUGAGCCAAUCAGUUUGUAGAAGUUAGUUUUAAGCUACUUUCAAUUUCCUACAGCCAAACUGGAAUCCAAACGCCUGUUUAUAAUUAUAGUUUAGUAACUUUCUUGAUUUGCAUUAGUCUUUUUCUUUUGGCCGCUUGAAUUAAACGAUUAAAUUUAUGGUCAUUUCAUUUCAAUUCAUCAGUUUAAAAGGCAUUUGGUGA